AUAGAAGCCACCUCUGGGCCUGGAGCAACUCAGAGCCACCAUAAAAGGCAGCCCAACUUCAUGCUCUCUCAUCCACUUCUCCUGCCUCCUUCUCCUUGGGAUCCAGGUGCAUCUCCAGCCCCAAGACAUGUCCUGCUACACCCCGUGCCGGCCCUGCCAGCCCUGUGGCCCCACCCCGCUGGCCAACAGCUGCAAUGAGUGCUGUGUCAGGCAGUGCCAGGACUCCACCGUGGCCAUCCAGCCCUCCGCAGUGGUGGUGACUCUGCCCGGGCCCAUCCUCAGCUCCUUCCCACAGAACACCGUGGUGGGAUCCUCCACCUCUGCUGCUGUUGGCAGCAUCCUCAGCUCUGAAGGAGUUCCCAUCAACUCUGGUGGCUUUGACCUCUCCUGCAUCACCAACCGCUAUGGUGGCAGAAGGUGUCCUCCAUGCUAAAGCCACUGGUGCAGCCCUCACAAGGACCCCCAGGAAUCCAGAAGCUGAUGCUGGACUGAGGACAGAGCUCCUGGCCAUUGAAUUCAGAGAUGCUGAGCAACCAAUGCUGCCCUUCCAAAGGAGGGCAGGUGGGGUUCUCUGAAACCAUGGCCAGUGUUUGACUUCCCUGUCAUAGUCUCUCUCCCACCUCUCUCUUGUCUUCCAUACUUUUGGACUGUAAGCCUCUCUGGGGGAUCUGCUAACUGCUGCCCACUGUGGGGCAGGCAGAUGGAUGCCCCGUGGGAUCUCCAGUAUUGGUGAUGGGCAGAGACUACCGGCAGUUGCAUGUGGUCUCCCACCACCACCAGCAGCCUCCUCUAUAAGGGAACUCAUUUCCCACUUCAAUGACAAUAAAACUUUCUGCAUCUCA